UCCGUGCUGGUACUGGUGCUGGUGUCGGUCCUGCGCUCCUCCCAGUUUGGACCCAUUACCUUUACAGUGCCUGCCCGGCCCUGCUUAACGGUGUCGGACAGCUGCAAAACGGUAGGUGACCCCUCUGAUGAGCUGGGCACUUCCUGCCUUCCUAACAUUUUACUCUAUUCGGCGGGUGACUGUUCCAUUGUCUUCGCUUUCGUGCCACGCUGGCUCUUGUUUAAUUCAUGGAAAGAAGGAGCAAAGUUGGGCUGAGGAAGUUGCAGCCACCCAUGUGUCAUGCGGGUGCUGGUGGGAACGAGGAAGGAACGAUUGUGACCCGAUUGAAAGGCGAGGAAGGUACCUGCCCACCCUACCUUCUGAGGGAACUUGGCUACAGGGUGAAGCAGGUACGGGUGGUCAGGGUAGUUGCUUCCCUACCUGCCUUAAGGUAGGUAAGAUGAGCAACUGGAAGAUAAAGCAGGAAAUAACACGCCAUUUCAAGGUGAGAGUUGUUAUUGCAAUUGGAGGGAAAGAAAAACAUUUCAUGGCUGCCUUCCCAGCUGCGUGCUUUCUAUGGGAAUGGAGUUGACGUCGGGGCGGGCUUUGGUGGGAGGGAGGGGGUAGGGAAGCCUCGGAAAUCAGCCAUCAUCACCUCCCGUCCUCCCCCAUUCUGAUAGACACCUCAUUUAGACCGUGUCAGUAUUUAUACCUUAUGGUCGUG